AUGAGAUCAACACUGGUGAGGAGACGAGUGCUACUACAAGUGCAGAGAUAUCUACGACAUUACUAUUCUACUACUUCAUCCAAACAUGGUGAAGCAUUGGCUGAAUACAGAGUGACGAAAGAGGAUACAGAUGACACCAUUACAGAUACCGUUCGUCCGUACUUUGAACGCCAAGAACCACUGGUGCUGCGAGAUCUCUUGUCGAAUAAUGCCACCAACCAACGUGCCAUGACGGAAUUGCUUCCAAAUUGGGACUUUUGGCAACGAACCGUGGACGAGUCUACCGAUUGUCAUGUCGAACUGGGAGGCAACUACGCUUCGGAAAAGAGUCAAACGGUGGAUGUUCCCUUUCGAGAGUUUCUGGAAUACUUGCAGUACUUUGAAGAUCGAUUUGGGCGGACACCAUCACAAUCACAAGCAGAAGAACUUCCACAAUUUACCGACUUGAUUUACAUGGCACAAAAUGAUUUAUUUGACGAAAUUCAUCCCUUUAUUGACAUUCCAUCUCUCACAAAGACACUGGGAGAACAACAGUCACUGUACAGUACCAUGAUUUGGAUGGGACCACAUGGAUGUGUGUCACCAUUGCAUUUCGAUCCUCUCGAUAAUCUGCUGUUGCAAUUUGUGGGCACCAAACAAUUCCUUCUGUGUCCUCCCACGAGUCCCGUGCCACCCGGUAACCAACCCAAUACGUCGUCGUGGGAUCCCUCAAGUCUUGACGACGAAAACCACAACAGCAAUCUGCAAGUGCAGCAUUCCACUCUGAAUGCAGGGGAUGCCAUUUACAUUCCCAAGAAAUGGUAUCAUCAUGUUGCCACUGUCGAAACCAGUGUCAGCAUCAACACUUGGUUCAGAUAA